AUGUCUGAUGAUCAAAUACAACAGGUUCAACAAUCUAGUGGUGAUAGCCCCGUUUCUGCCAUCCCAUUGCCGCCUUCAGCUACUAUCGAAACAUCUAGUGAGCCUCCAAGAACUCUAUGGAUGGGAGAUUUGGAUCCAUCUUUUGAUGAAAUGACCAUCCAGGAUAUUUGGCAGCAACUUGAUAAGAAAGUCUUUGUGAAGCUAAUUAGAGCUAAGAAGAAUCUCUUAAUUCCAUGCAGCUCUACUGCAGCUACUUCUUCGUCGAAUGGCACGCCAAACUCCAACGCUGCAGAAAAUAUUACUGGUAAUGGCAGCUCUAAUGAUAGUGAUCCAUCCGAUGUGUUAGAGAGUACACAAAAAAUUAAUAUCAAUGGUGUUUCAUUUAUCGAUCCCGCUACUACGCCACUACAUCACGCUGGCUACUGCUUUGUAGAGUUUGAGAGUCAGCAAGAUGCUCAAUUUGCAUUGUCACUAAAUUCCGGACCUCUACCAAAUAUUAUCUCUAGAUCAACUAAUUUACCCACAAACCCUAGUGGUCAGAGGAACUUUAGGUUGAAUUGGGCUUCUGGGGCUACGCUACAAAGUUCCAUUCCAUCCAGGCCCGAAUUUUCUUUAUUCGUGGGCGAUCUGUCACCAACUGCUACAGAGGCUGAUUUGCUUUCGUUGUUUCAACAAAAAUUCAGAUCUGUCAAGACAGUCCGUGUGAUGACGGAUCCAAUUACUGGUGCAUCCCGUUGUUUCGGUUUUGUUAGGUUUGGUAACGAAGAAGAACGUCGGAGGGCUCUAGUCGAAAUGAAUGGUGUUUGGUGUCAAGGUAGGUGCUUGAGAGUCGCUUAUGCAACCCCAAGAAAUAAUAUGACUUGGCAUGUUCAGUCUCAGCAACAGCAGCAACAGCAACAGCAACAACAACAGCAACAGCAACAGCAACAGCAACAGCAACAGCAACUACAGCAACCUCAACAACAGCAUACUCCAUUACUGGUUAAGACAGCUAACAAUAUCAUGACCGCAAACCCUAGUGGUAUUUGUGGGUCCAGCAACCUAAUGUCGAUGCCAAUGAGUCAAAAACCCUCAGCGUCAUCCGUCACUUCGAACAGCAGUAUGAAUAUCCCAGAUUUUUCCUCGUCUCAGGCGUAUACAACUCCCCCCAAUAACACAACAGUUUUCAUCGGUGGAUUAACUCCCAAGAUUAACGAAGCACAAUUGCAAGCUUUGUUUUCGCCAUUUGGUAACAUACUGACUGUCAAGAUUCCUCAGGGGAAGAAUUGCGGUUUUGUCAAGUACGAGAAUAGAAUUGAUGCGGAGGCCGCUAUACAAGGUAUGCAAGGAUUCAUUGUUGGCGGUAAUCCUGUGAGAUUAUCAUGGGGCCGUAACACGGUCGCUAGCGGAUCCUCGAACAAUGUCAGUAGUAAUCUACCACAAAUGACUUCUCAUCAUUACAUUCCUCAACAAUCGUACAGCAGUGGACCACAAUACGUUCCAAUGAGACAUGCUUCAUCGAAUUCUCCCGUUUCAAAUCAACCUUUAGAUCCCUACCAAAACAUCAGCCGCGAUCCCAUGAUCAUGCAGCCACAGCAACAGUUACCUCAAGCAUCGCAGCAGGUCUGGACCAAUGGCAUGCAAUGGAACAACAUGUCCUCCAGAGUGUACCGCGAAACACCCAUGAUGAACCAACAAAAUGUGCCAUCUAUGCUUCCACAACAGCAGUAUCAGAGAGCUCAGUAUCCUAUGAUGUCGAGUGUGUAUCACGGGUUUGAUACAGGAAUGGUACAAAAUCCAAGUGGUAUUACAUUGACGAGUGUCAAUGGUAAACCAAACGAUGUGCCGCCAAUCCAUCCAUCAGUGUUGCGUUAA